CGGGCGCGGUUUUCAGGCCCGAGAGUUCUCUCCUGUUUGUUGACAUUUAUCUGCAACAACAACAAGAAAACUUGAGGCAAUUUGUCGCAGAGGAGGGUUUUGGUUUUCUUUCCAGUUUCCUGACGGAUGAGAAGGAAAGCAUGGAGCCGGUCGCGAAAACCGUGCCGCUUGCGGCUCUAGCGACUGGACAACAGCAGCAACAGCAGACUAUCCACUUGCCUCUGUCCGCCAUACCAGCAAAUGUCCUCAGUCAGCUGAAAGAGGUUCCUUCAAAUGUCUCCUCUGCCAGAAUAUUCAGACUGCCCCCUGGCAUGGUUCUGUUGAAGCCAACUGUGGGGAAAGUAGUGUCUACACCACAGCCAGCUCCACCUGUCAGUUCUGUCGCUGCUCCACCAGCAGCGUAUUGUCAGUCUGUUAAACCUGUGCAAGCUACCUUGACGACACCUCAACUUCCCAACAGCAUUCACAAGGAACUUGCUGUAAAGCUACUUGAUAAUCCAAACCGAGGUGUCGUUUUGCUGAAACCACCUGCAGGUGCAAUUUUGUCUGCAACUAACCCAGUUACACCUGUCAGUGCUCAACCAGUGCAGUGGCAAGCUGUUCAUCAUGAUCCUUCCGUCUCAACGACGCAACAAGAACCUGUAUUUCUUGAGGGCAUGAGAAUUGCUGAAAGGUUGAGCGAUAAAGUUUUCAUGAUAAAGCCAAAGCCAGCUAAUCCAAUUAUACCUGUUAGUGCUCCACCACUGAAUAAGCACACUGGAAAACGUCUGCCAUCGCCUGAACCUAUAUAUUCCAGCAAUGCUAAACAGCGAAAAGUUAAGAAAUUUAAUGAGAAAGAACCACCUAUAGUCCAAGAUGCCAACAGUCCUGCUUUGAAUGAAUCUUCAGAACCUGCAACCAAAGAGCCGGAGCAGAGCGUCAAUGCCAAGCCCAAACCGUGGUGGCGGGAACCCAGACCUUUAUGGAAAAGUAAAGAGCCCAUUGUGCUGUACAGUGGAUGUAAACCUGAAAAUUUGCAACCUAAGAAGAAGAAAGAGGAACCCCCUAAAAGUCUACCAUGUCCGCAGAAGCUUGAUGACAUUUUACCAAAAUCAUGGCAAUAUCACAUUAGUUCUUUUGAAGAACUGCAAGAUCCUGAAAAGUUUAAGGCUGAAGUACGUACGACUUUCAUUUCAAAAGAAGAUGCCUUGCAGUGGGUGCAAGACUUUGAGGCCAUUUCGGGGACCAACUUCCGAGUCACCAAAACAUUCAAGGAAAACUCUUUCCGUAUUAUUUUCAAGAAAUGCUUCAAAUGCCACAAAAAUUCUUGUAAGAAAGAUAAAGUUCUCAAGAGAGCAAGUGGGCGGAACCUUGGCUGUGAAGCCAGGUUAUCAAUUACCAUCAAAAACAAAGAAAUGAAAUCGAGUACUGACUUGCUGCUAGGGCAAUUCCCCUGUGUGAUUGGAAUAUAUCACAACCACUGCCACCCGCUCACUGCUGAAGCCCUCCGUCACCGGCGCCCGUUACCCGAGCUGAGGGAAAAGUUUUCUAAUAUGUUUAGGGCAAGAAUUACACCAUCUGCUGCUCGACGUCUUCACUUACAAGACCUCAAGAGGGAAUAUGGUGAGAAGUAUUCGGAAGUGAUCCAAGAUGGUGCAAAAUGCCCUCCUUUACCAUGGUGCUACAGACUUUAUUAUGAAACGGUUGGAAGGAAAGUGAAAGAUGGUAGAAAAAAAUCAAGUAAACGAUCAUAUUACAAGAAGAAAACUUCAAUUAUGUCUAGAAAUUCAGGGCAGCUUCAGACAAUGCCUGCCUUAAAGAAUGUCAACAGUAGCUCCGAAAAUGUUGUUAGCACUCCGUACACAGCUUCCGGACUGAAUGAAAAACGUGAAUGUGAGGAAAUACAAAGAAGUAUCAAUAGUUUAUAUGAAUAUGAUUUUAUGUCAAAGAGUGGAGGUGUCAGAGAAGAUGAAAUGGGAAAUAGUGUUGCUAUUGUAAAUGAUUCUGAAAGUCAUGCUGUUUUAUCAGAUGGCCAAGUAGAUGCUGUUAUGGACAACUCAGCGUUACUUGACAGUCAUGGUGAAGCUAGCAAUGAUGAUUACAUAGAUAAUACUGAUAUGUUAGACCAUGGAGAAUGUGUAGGUGAAUUUGUCACCAGUGGUGAAAUUUUAAAUUCUGAAGCCACUGUAUCUAAUGUAGAUGUGGAGAUGACAGACCAAGGGCUUAAUGAUUUGACGAGUAAAGAGGGCCACCAAUGUGAGGAUGUUGAAAUGGCAAGACUAAACCUUAAUAAUGUGUUUAGUGACCUGAGCUCAAGACUCCUGAGUGAACCUCAAAAGUAUCUCUCAGCUGUAAAUCAGUUCAUAUCGCAGUAUGAUGUGUGCCAGAGCCAGUCAGAAUCUGACCUCCUAACUGCACUUCUAGAAUUUGGUUCUCAGAAGUCAUCCAAUGUCACAAAUCCCAAUAAUGUGCCUCCUAAUGUAGAAAAUAGUGUUUCUACAAUUGUAGAGAAAUACCUUGUUAAAAAACAAGCUACUGCACCAAGCAGGAAGCCUGAAGACAUUGUUAGCCCCAAACGUAAAGUCCUUGUUCUUCGCAUGGAUCCCAAUAAAUUUAACCAAAUAAUGGGAAGGGUAGGAAGUAACUCAAAUAAACAUGUGAUAGAUAUCUAAGUACAAUCCAUUUCCUUCACCAUUUAAUUAUAAUAAGGAAAUAUAUUUGUUUCUCCCCCUUUUUAAUUUGUUGUUUCCUGAUAAUGUCAAUUUUGCAUUGUGUGAAUUGUUUCUUGUAAUACUAUGUAUUUCUACAAAGUCUUGGACUUUUUCCCAACUAUUUAGUCUGAGUUGGUUAAUGACUGUUGUUUUUAAUUGCUAAGGCCAAAAUUGAAAGAGAUUGUUUUUAUUUCUGAAAUACAUAUAUUUGUAAUGUAACACUUUGA